UCACAAACCCUUCUCCGUUUCUCCUUUCCUUCUAAGCAAAUCCCAAUUAGGAUCAAUGGAGACUCCAUCCUCUUUGAGAAGAGUGACAAGAUCUCAAACCACCAGUGCUCUUCAAUCUCAAAAGAGCAAACAAGAAGAUUUGGUGGUUUCAAGAUCAAGAACUGUGCUCCUGGACAUCACUAAUGACUCGCCAAUCAUCGGUUUGGCCAAGAAGACUCCGUUGUCAUCGAUGUCGAAGAGCUUUUCUCAGGCAAAGAAGACUCCAGGAUCUGGUGAGGCAUUGCUCAGAGGCCAAGUGAAGACAUUGCUUCAGAAGGUGGAGGAGGAGGAGGCUGAGCUUGUGAACAAGUUAUUAGAUCCCAAUGCUUCUCAAUUGGACAAGAUUUUGAUAGCACCUCCUGUUGUGGUUGUAAAUGGUGAUCCAGAGAUCAAACAGAAGCAUUACUGUUUGAUUCCCCUGGGAAAAGCCGAAACUGAUGAUCAUGUCAGGGCAAGCAUUGAUAAAGAAGAUGGACUUGAUGAAGAGGAGGAGGAGGAGUGUUUGGAUGAAUUGAUUGAUGGGUUGAUGAAGAUGUCAAUGCAGGAGGAUGAGAAGAGAGUGGCUGAGUUUGUAGGGAAGCAUACGAGGUUCAUAUACAACAGCGAUGAUGAGAUCGAGGGCGAGGAGGAAGUCGGCAAGAUGAAGAAUGUUUCGCCAAGUGUGUUGGUGUUGAAGGGUCUUCCUGUGCCUGAAGGGAAGCAUCUCCGCUUCCAGGAUGAAGAUGAAGAUGAAGAUGAGGAUAAAGAAGAAGACUAAAUUUAGAUUUGUCUUCUUUGCAAUUAACAAUACUCUGAGGUUGUUCAUCCCUGACAACCUUCAUUUGAUUCAAACUUUGUUUUUCUGUGUUUAAAUUUUCUCUUUUGUUUUGUCUGUUUUGGUUUAGAUAUUGGAAUUUUGUUGGAAUUGAUACAUCUUUUGAUCUUUUAUACUCAAUAAAGAAGCUCAAACUUUGAGUU